UUGUACUUGAUGAGAUAUAUAUGUGGAAAAUGAAUACUCUGACCAUAGACUUUCUUUUACUCCCAUCUUAGACGGCAAUGACUUAUGACUCACAAAUUCCACCAAGAAAAAGACAUUGACUUAACAUUUUUAUCAUAAUAUGGACAUAACCUCCCUUUCUCUCCUACUCAAAACCACUUCUUCUCUUUUCACUCAUCUCUCAAACCAUGAGCUACUCAACCUUAAUCCAAACACACACUCCUAACAAUAAUGAAGCAGAAGACAAAGACUUCUGUUUCUGGACUUCACCAUCUUCAGAAUCUUCAAGGAUCAAAGAUAUUUUACAAGGAAAGAAGGAACUCAUGGAGAUGAUGCAACACAUGCCUGAGUCUAGCUUUGAACUCUCUUUCCAAGACAUGGUUGUUGAGCAGCAUCAAGUUCCAGAAGCUAAACCUAAACCAGAACCAGAACAAGUCUCUAGUAAAGUUCAACAACCUCAACACAAGAAGCUGAAUGAGAAGAAGAAAACAAAGAAGAAGGAAAACAAAUGCAAUAGUAGACAUGGUAAGAUAUUGAGGGCUGAAAGCAUGGACAGUGAAACAUUCUUACUGAAGAUGGUUUUUCCAACUUCUCUUGAUUGGAAGAAGAAGACUACUAAAAAACAAAAUAGUUCCAAGGUAGAAGAAAAAGAUAAAGAAUGGCGAAUCAAAAGAUUUUUCACUGAACAUAGACAAAAUACUCGUAGUAGUAGUAGCAGCAGCAGCAACAGCGGCGGCGGCAGCAAUGACAAAAGCAGGUAUGUUGAUCGCAGCUCUUCAUUCUCACAAGGUUGCUUCCCAUUCUUUGAUCAUAGAAAAAGCAAAGUAAAGAAGGACACUUUGAAACUUGGAGGAUGAUUACUCUUGCUCCUUGCCAGCUUGAAAAUUCAGAAUAUUUGAAAUAGAGGACUCAAUGCAUGAAGAAUUUGCAAAGAAGGACCCUUCAGUUAUUCUUGAAUUCUUGGGUUUUGAUUGUAGUAAUGGCAUUCAUUUUACAUGUUUGACAAUAAUUAAAAUUCAGUUUCAGAAAUAGGCCAAAGAUGUAAUUUGAAAGCUACUAGCUAAAUAUUUGUAUUAAAAAAAACUAAAUAUUUCUUCCUGGUCCCAAAAUAAUUUACAUAA